AUGUCCUGCCUGUCCUUUCGACCCCGCCCUCCCUGGAAUCUCCUGCUGCUUCUUGGGACCCUCCUGAGCUGUGGUCUGGGGGGCAGCGCUCAGGGUCCGGGGGAGUGGACCCCCUGGAGUUCCUGGACCCGCUGUUCCAGCACCUGUGGGCGGGGCGUCUCGGUGCACAGCCGUCGCUGCAUCCGGUUUCCUGGAGAAGAGCCUUGCUGGGGGAGCACUCAUGAGUACCGCCUCUGCCAGCUGCCGGACUGCCCUGCCAGGGCUGUGCCCUUCCGAGACCUGCAGUGUGCCCUCUACAAUGGCCGCCCUGUCCUGGCCACCCAAAAGACCUAUCAGUGGGUGCCCUUCUAUGGAGCACCCAACCAGUGCGAUCUCAACUGCCUGGCCGAGGGCCACGCCUUCUACCACAGCUUUGGCCGGGUCCUGGAUGGCACUCCCUGCAGCCCCGGUGUGGAGGGGCUCUGUGUGGCUGGCCGCUGUCUUAGCGCCGGCUGUGACGGGCUGCUGGGCUCAGAUGCCCGCGAGGACCGCUGCGGCCAAUGCGGUGGCGCCAACGACUCGUGCCUCUUCGUGCAGCGCGUGUUCCGCGAUGCAGGCGCCUUCGCCGGGUAUUGGAACGUGACCCUGAUCCCCGAGGGAGCCAGGCACCUCCGCGUCUCGCAUCGGAGCCGCAACCACCUGGCGCUGAUGGGGGGCGACGGGAGCUACGUGCUCAACGGGAACUGGGCAGUUAGCCCACCCGGGACCUACGACGUGGCGGGCACCCGCGUGGUCUACACCCGCGCCACCGCCCGGCCGGAGGAGACACUCCACGCCGCGGGGCCCACUUCGCACGACCUGCUCCUGCAGGUCCUCCUGCAGGAGCCCAACCCCGGCAUCGAGUUCGAGUUCUGGCUUCCCCGGGAACGCUACAGCCCCUUCCAGGCGCAGGCGCAGGCCCUGGGCUGGUCCCUGCGGCAACCGCAGGCGCGCGAGGUGGAGCCGCCGGCGCGCCCCCCGACCACCGCCCCACGGACGCCAGCUGCAGCCCCAGACCCCUGUGCGCCCUGCCCGGACGCCCGAGGCCGGGCCCACCGGCUGCUCCAUUACUGCGGCAGCGACUUCGUCUUCAGGGCCCGCGUCCUCGGCCGUCACCGGCAGGCCCAGGAGACCCGCUACGACGUGCGCGUGCAGCUGGUAUACAAGAACCGCUCGCCGCUGCGGGCCCGCGAGUACGUGUGGGCCCCGGGCCGCUGCCCCUGCCCGCCGCUCGCACCGCAUCGCGAGUACCUGCUGGCCGCCCGGCGCCUGGUCAGCCCCGACGGCACGCAGGACCGGCUGCUGCUCCCGCACUCCGGCUUCGCGCGGCCCUGGAGCCCAGCAGAGGACAGCCGCGUGCGCCUGCUCGCCCGCCAUUGCCCUGUGUGA